ACUCAGACUCCAGCAACAAAGACUUGUGAACAUCUGUGCUCUGUAGUUUCACCAGCCUAACUGUCCUUUGUGUCUUUUCUCCGUUCAUGUAGAAUGGAUACACUCCCCUUCAUAUAGCAGCAAAAAAGAAUCAAAUGGAAAUAGCUACCACACUCCUGCAGUACGGAGCUGAGACCAACAUCCAGACCAAACAGGGUGUGAUGCCGCUCCAUCUGGCUUCCCAAGAGGGACACAGUGAGAUGGCAGCUCUGCUUCUGCAAAGAGGAGCUAAUGUCAAUGUACCCACAAAGAGUAGACUUACAUCCCUUCAUCUUGCUGCCCAAGAAGACAAAGUAGGUGUUGGUGAGAUUUUAGUUAAGCAUGGUGCCAACGUUGACCAACAAACAAAAUUGGGAUACACAACGCUUAUCGUUGCCUGUCACUAUGGAAAUGCUAAGAUGGUUAAUUUUCUGUUGAAGAGUGGGGCAAGUGUCAAUGCUAAAACAAAGAAUGGUUACACACCUCUACACCAGGCUGCACAACAAGGAAACACACACAUCAUUAACGUCUUGCUCCAGCAUGGAGCCAAACCCAAUGCCAUCACUGUGAAUGGAAACACCGCUCUUGCCAUCGCACGUCGCCUUGGUUACAUUUCUGUGGUUGACACUCUGAGAGUAGUCACAGAGGAAAUUAUCACUACAACAACAACAGUGACAGAGAAACACAAGCUAAAUGUGCCAGAGACCAUGACAGAAGUCCUUGAUGUGUCUGACGUAGAGGGUGAUGACACCAUGACUGGUGAUGGUGGAGAAUAUUUGAGAGCAGAGGAUUUGAGAGAGUUAGGAGAUGACUCUCUACCUGGGCAGUACCUGGAUGGCAUGAACUACUUGCGCUUCAGUUUAGAAGGAGGCCAAUCAGACAGUCGCUUACAAAGUUUGGAUAGGUCCUACACACCCACUUACCAAAGACACUUCCCUGUAAAACAUUAUGGGAUGAUGGAGGAUAUGAUAUAUAGUAACCAGGUGUCUUCUCUUGCAAGAGAAAAUGAAAAGGAAUCAUAUAGCUGGGAAAUGGAAAACUUGGACAACAUAGCACUGUCCUCAAGUCCUGCUCAUUCCAGCCGUUGUUCUCCAUGUCAUGACCAUGACAAUAGCAGUUUCUUAGUAAGCUUCAUGGUGGAUGCCCGUGGAGGUGCCAUGCGUGGAUGCCGCCACAAUGGUCUACGACUGAUCAUUCCACCGCGGAAAUGCAGUGCCCCUACUCGAGUCACCUGUAGACUGGUGAAAAGGCACCGACUGGCAACCAUGCCCCCCAUGGUAGAGGGUGACGGUCUAGCUAGCAGGCUGAUUGAGGUUGGACCCUCUGGAGCUCAGUUCCUUGGUAAGCUCCACCUCCCUACUGCCCCGCCCCCUCUGAAUGAGGGUGAGAGUUUGGUUAGCCACAUUCUGCAACUGGGCCCACCAGGGACAAAAUUUCUGGGGCCGGUGAUUGUGGAGAUCCCUCACUUUGCGGCUCUAAGAGGAAAAGAGAGGGAGCUGGUGAUCUUACGCAGUGAAACGGGAGAGAGUUGGAAAGAGCAUCAUUGUGAGUACACAGAAGAAGAGCUCAACCAGAUCCUCAACGGCAUGAAUGAGGGACUGGACCCACCAGAAGAGUUGGAGAGAAAGCGAAUCUGUCGCAUUAUCACUCGGGAUUUUCCACAGUAUUUUGCUGUGGUGUCACGAAUUAAGCAGGACAGUAAUCUCAUUGGUCCAGAAGGUGGAAUUCUGAGUAGCACAGUGGUCCCUCAAGUACAGGCUGUCUUCCCAGAGGGAGCUCUCACUAAACGCAUCCGUGUUGGCCUGCAGGCUCAACCAAUGUGUGUUGAUGUAGUAAGGAAGAAUUUGGGUAAUAAAGCCACAUUCAGCCCUAUAGUCACUCUGGAACCGCGGAGGAGGAAAUUCCAUAAACCCAUAACCAUGACCAUCCCUGUCCCGAAGAGCUCCACUGACCCAAUCCUUGGCGGCUUUGGAGGUGGAGAUACUCCUACAUUACGUUUGCUAUGCAGCAUCACAGGUGGGACCACUCCUGCUCAAUGGGAGGAUAUCACUGGGACUACACCAUUAACAUUCACCAAUGACUGUGUGUCUUUCACCACAAACGUGUCUGCCAGAUUCUGGCUUUUAGACUGCAGGCAGGUGCAGGAGUCGGUGAACUUCGCCACUCAGGUGUAUCAUGAGAUCAUCUGUGUACCUUACAUGGCCAAAUUCGUCAUCUUUGCCAAAACACAUGACCCUAUUGAGGCUCGAUUGCGCUGUUUCUGUAUGACUGGUGAUAAAAUGGACAAAACUUUGGAGCAGCAAGAGCACUUCACAGAAGUGGCACGUAGCCGAGAUGUGGAGGUAUUAGAAGGAAAGCCAAUCUAUGUAGACUGUUUUGGAAACCUGGUUCCUCUAACAAAAAGUGGCCAGCAUCAUAUCUUCAGCUUCUAUGCCUUUAAAGAGAAUCGACUGGCUCUUUUUAUCAAAAUACGAGACAACACUCAAGAGCCUUGUGGACGUUUGUCCUUCACAAAAGAGCCGAGAUAUUAUAGGACUUUGACUCAUAGUGCAAUAUGCAAUUUAAACAUCACCCUGCCAGCUUACUCAAAGGAGUCAGAUUCAGAUCAAGAACCUGAUGAGGAGACAAGCAGGACACUUGAGAAAUAUGAUGAAGACAAUGAAAAAACUGAAACAUCAUUCCUGAAAACACAAUUGAUCCGAGACUCUCCUGCUCUUGCAAGUCCAGAUUUACUCUCUGAAGUGUCAGAGAUGAAACAAGACCUUAUCAAAAUGACUGCUAUUCUGACCACUGAUUCCUCAGUGAAAGCGGGUCCCAUGCAAGGGUAUUAUUUAGAUAAGGGGGUGGAGGAGGUGUCAGCAGAGCCUUUUGAGAUAAUGGAAAAAGUCAAAGAGGAUUUGGAGAAAGUUAGCAAAAUUCUGAGAAGUGGAACAUGUGACAAGGAAGAGUCUGCAAAAACAGACAGCCGUCCAUAUAGGAAGGAUGAGGGGUGGGUUCUCCUAACAGAAAGUGAAAUCGAAGAGGCAAAAAUUAUGGCUGCCUUUGAAUCUCAAGAAUCACUUUUAAAGGAAGUUCGAGUCAACAGAGGAUCACAGAAAUCAAAGGGUGCUAGGGACAGGCCUGGCAUAGAGACUGUUCCCAGUGCUGAAGUUAAGGAAUACUUAUUGGAUGCACCUGAAACAUCUAGGCCUACAUCCCAAGAGUCUCCAUCACAGCAAAGGUUCACUGAGGUUGUUCUGCGCAGAGGUGGUCGAAAAAUAGUCCCUACAGUGGCAAAAGACACUAAGGCCCAUACAACAGAAGUAAAAAAGCCAGUCAGAAGAAAAGGGCCUCAAGGGCACACCGAUGAAACCCAGUCAUUUAGCACAAAAGAAAGCAUUGCAAGUAAAAGUCCCAGGAAGUCUUCCAAAGGGGAUGCCUUUCUACCCGUCCCUGGAGACCAAAAAAAGUCUCCUGUUUCACCAGUGGUUGAAGAGACACCCAUCGGUUCCAUUAAAGAGAAAGUUAAGGCUCUUCAAAAGAAAGUAGAGGAAGAACAAAAAGGUCAGAAAAAACAGACAGGCCAAAAACCUCCAUAUAAAGCUACAGAAGCCAAAGCAUCUUCUGUUGUCAAAGAUCAGAAAACAUCAGGCCUGAAAAAACAGACUUCUUCACCCCAGAAACAGUCUCCUUCUAGGUCACCAAGCUCUGAGCCUGGGAGACUAGAAGAAACCAUGUCUGUGAGAGAACUAACGAGAGCAUUUCAAACUGGCCAAGACCCCUCAAAAAGAAAAUCUGGGCUCUUUGAGCACAAAAGGCCUUCCAAAACAGAAUGCACAAUAGUGAGUAAACCAGAGGCUAUCCUCACAAAGUCACAAAGUCUUCCCCAAGCACCCUCACAUGAAGAAGUGUCUCUUGAUGUUUUAAAGCCUGAAGAUCACCAUGAAGAAAAAGAAGUCAAAAUUAGUCCACACAUAAAAUACUCUGAAGACAUUGAAGAAGAUACGAGUCAAAAGAGUCGUCAGCAUCCACAGGAAAAGAGUGGUGAGGCUUUGGUUUCUGGAAUAGUGUCAGCAGGUCCUUUUACUCACUCAAGCAUGACAACAGUAAUUCCUCAAAAUUUGUCAGAACAGCGCAGAGAUCUAUUGCCUGAUAAUGGUACAGAGAACAGUGCGUUUGAUGACAUCUCUGACAGCAUUAGACAUGAAGCAUUGGUCGACUCGCCCAAUGCCAGCCUCGCUGAAGUGGAAGCUCCUUUGAGUUCUGAGGAAAGUUACAAACAUGAGGGCAUGGCUGAGACUCCAGAAACAAGCCCUGAGAGCCUCUCAUUAUCACAGAAAAAAACAGCUCAGUCUAUAUUUGCAAAGACCACAAAAUCAGUAGCAGUCACCCCUAAAGCCAAGACAAGUAAAGUAUAUGUUUCCUUUUCUACUGAGAUGAAGACAACUAAUGAACAGGCAUCUGAAGCUACAGUUCAUCAUCCACCGUUGAGCCAUGCAGUGGAUGAACCAACAAAAAGUGAGUCUAUGUCUAUUCCUCAUGGAAAUAGGGGGGUGAACUUUGAGGGUGAACAAACUUCUGUUGAUAAGGACAUUGUUUCGGUGUUAUCCAAGACAUCUAAAUCUCGAAAACUGACAAAAAGAACAUCUGAAACACUAGAGUGUUUUUUGAGUGAUGAGGAAUCCUUUGAUGGUCAACCAAUACCAACCUCUGCUGACUCCCUGGCCUCAAGGGCAGCUACACAGGAUCGUGGUGGUUUAGUGCUACCUCUUAGACACCAAGAUUCAGAGAACCUUAGUCCAGUAGCUGAUGACUCUUUUACUAUUAGCCACAAGGACUCUUUAGAGGGUAGUCCCUUAGUGGAAGACAACUCUUCCCAUAAAACCCCAGACUCUAUUGAGCCUAGUCCAACAAAAGAAUCCCCGUGCCGUGACUCUUUAGAAAGCAGCCCCAUAGAGAUGAAAACCAACCUGGCUUUUCCACCUACAAUAGAACAACCCAGUGUGACCACAGGGCCCCUGACAUCCUCCAAAGCCCCUGAAAUCCCACCAGACAGUUUGCGCAGUAGAAUGCUCAAAGAACAGGAGGGUAAUGCCGACGAUGACAGUUGUGAGCAGACGUCCCUGAUGACAAGUUCGGGUAAGAGUCCUCUCUCACCUGACACACCAAGUUCUGAAGAGGUUAGUUAUGAGGUCAAUCCUAAAACCCCAGACCCCAUGGUCCUGAUUGUUCCCUUUAAACCAUCAGUAAUCCCAGAGGAGACAGUAGAAGAUGAUGAGUUGAAGUGUGGCCUGACACAGAGGAAAAUUACUCCAGAAGAAGAGAUGUUUAAAAUGGCUGCCAAAAUAAAAACGUUUGAUGAAAUGGAACAAGAUGCAAAAGACAAAAAGGACAAUAGAAAAGAUAGUGAAUCCUCUCAGACCUUGGUAGCAUCUGAUGCAGGAGAUGACAGCUUCAAACUGUUUGGGCUUGCAUCCAAACAUGAAACAUCCUCUUUGGGUGAUGUUGGGUUUAGUGAACUCAAACAAGCCUCAGAGAUAGCACGGUCUGUUGAACCGAUCAUUAAAGUACAACCUCCCUCUCCUUUUCCAGCAGGUAGUCAUAAGAGCCCCCAAACACCUGAUGACAUUCAACAAACCAUGGCCCACAGUGCAGCAUCUUCGGCUGAAUCAGCAAUGAAGAGACCACAGUCUGUCUCAGAAAAGCAUACCAUAAAACCACACCUUCAAGAGUCUCAUAGUCAGAAAUUUAAGGACAAAGAUUAUGUUGAUUCAGAGUUAGUACAGCUGAACAAAACUGCCCCUAACAGCAAAAAUCUGGUUGCAAAUAUAACUGAUGAACAAAAAGAACAAAGCUUAAAAAGAUCAAAAGGAAUUCAAGAAACGUACAGUCAUGAACAACAGAAGGAGGCAGCUAAUUCCCAAAACGUUGACUGCAAAUCACAUAGUCAGGAAGAGUCUAAUGUAACGGAUGAGAUUAAAAGGGAUUACAUGAGGCAUGCAGGGACAUUUUAUGUUGAUAUUUGUAGUGGCAGCUUAGAUAUUGAUUCUAUUCCAAUUAUUAUUGGGCAAACAAAAGAAACGUUUAAACCAGAAAUAUGUAUUUAUGAUGACACAGAGGAAGAUGAUGCUGAGGAGGAACCUCCUAAGACUGAAUCUAGAGGAGUUACAGCAAAAGCAGAGACAGACUCCUGGAAUUCAAUGCAAGAAGAUGAUGAUGCAUUUGCAGCAAGAGUCAAAGAGGAAGAGCAAAAUAUCUUUGGUCUGGCUGUAGAUCGGCAUUCCCAAGGGGCUACUUCAGACACAACACCAGCAAGGACACCCACUGAGGAGGGUACACCAACAAGUGAACAAAAUCCUUUCCUUUUUCAAGAAGGAAAACUUUUUGAGAUGACAAGAAGUGGUGCGAUAGACAUGACAAAAAGGAGUUACGAGGAGGAAGGUUUUGCAUUUUACCAAAUAGAGCAACCCAUUGUAGAGGUCAUAGCUGAAGAAGGAGGUAAUGAAGCUGUUAGAACAUCCAAUGAUGCUGAGAAUGAGAUUGGCUGUAACCUCUCUUUGCAAGUAAAAGCAGAGGAGGAUGAAGACCUCCUUAAAGAGGCUGCAGAUUUAUCUGUACAUUCUCCUGCUGGGGAUAACCUGGCUGCAGCUACAAAGUCAGAUUUUUCUAAAUCUAAAUCCCCCAUCAAAUUGGAUAUUUCUGCCUCAACCAAAACCUCAGAGAAGGACCAAACAAUGUUAGAGGUUAAAUCAGACAAAGUUAUGAGUGAGGGACAUUUUGAAUCUGAUCCUGGUUCCUCUGACACUGUCAUAGCCAAUGUCCAGACAGCAGUGUCAACAGUUACUAGAUCAGUUUGUUCCCAACAAGACCAAGAGUCCUCAGAUUCCUCCCCAGAGGAUCAGCACUCAGUAAUAGAACAAACCAAAUCACCUGAAAAGACAGAAUCCCACAGUAAACUUGUAUCUAAGCAUUACACUGCAGCAUCUCUAUCAUCUACGACUAGAAAAGAUAUGUCCACCUCCAAAGAGGGAGAGAAACCAAAAUCCCGAAUCCCGGUUAAGGCCAGCUCUCUAAGGUCUGAAUGUGAAGAACUUGCCAAGGAUAAGAAGUCAAAGUUGCCCAUAAAACCUCAAUCAAGGAGAAAAUCUGAGACAGACACAGGCCCAUCCAUAGCCUCCAGUUUAACAAAGUCUUCUAAAGCCAAGAGCUUCUGUGAAAGUGAUUCCACCAAAAAAACAGCCAAAAAGGGCCAGAAUUGUCCAACAAGCACUGACCUAUCCAGCACAACUAAGACACUUCCUUCAAGAUUACCAAUCAGGGGAAAGCCUGACCAGCCAGUUCAAACUUCCACACUAGCAAAACAAAAAAAGGUUCAGCGAACUGACACAAACAAACAGUCCAUUAAAUUUUUUGAAGAGAUUAGUCAUGAGGCAGCUAAGGUAGUCGAGAGUUUGGCUCAGGCAGAGAAAGACAAACAGGAGGCUGUUGCCUUAUCUGAUGAUGAAAGCAGAACCACCAAUGCCUCAGUAAUAGAGAGUGAACCUUUCACUUACAUCCAAAUGACUUUCCCUGAGGAUUCUUUGGUUAUUAGGCCCAGAUGGGACAACCCUGUUGAGACGCAGAUGGAACGAAUCCCUGCUGAUAGAGUCCGAAGUCAAGUAGAUCCACAGGAUGAGGCUGACAGGAAAGAGGGUUGCCUGGCUGUAAUAGCAGACCACCUUGGUUUCAGCUGGUCAGAAUUCGCUCGAGAGCUUGAAUUCAGUGAGGUACAGAUCAAUCAGCUAAGAAAUGAGAAUCCAAAUUCUCUACAAGACCAAAGCCAUGCCCUCAUAAGGCUAUGGAAAGUAAGGGAGGGCAAAAAUACUACAGCAGAGAACACUUUGAUGAGGACACUUACAAAAAUAAAUCGUAUGGACAUUGUUAAUCUCAUCGAAACAAAAAUCAUCCAGUCCAGUCAAGACCAGUCAUCACACACCUAUGCAGAAAUUGAGCAAACCAUAUCAUUGGAUCAUAGUGAAGGUUUUUCAGCCCUACAGGAGGACAUGGACAGUCCCAGGCCAGGUCGGCGAGCAGAAGUCACACAAAAAGGAUCAGAACUUGGACCUCUGGUGGCAUCUGUCGAGGAUCUCUCCUGCAAUGUAUCUUCCUUUGAUGAUUCCAAGAAAGAGAGGUUGCUGACAGACAAAGAGAUGGGUUCAGAAGUGGUCGGAGCCUCAGCACAUAGUUCCUUUGAUAUGGUUGGACUGAGGCAACAGUUCCCAGGCACUAUCAAAAAAGGUGACGAGAUGCCCGAAAUCCCUCCUCAGGCUGUGACAGAAGAGAAAUACACUGAUGAGUAUGGAAACAUGGUGGUCAAAAAGGACCCGGAUGCAUAAGACACGCACUCAGAAAAGCACAGUAGUGAAGGAUGGCCAAGCCAAACAAACCCACCUGGAACGACUGGAGGACAGCCCAGAUUCCCUGCGACCCGAUGACCUACAGCAGCAGCUGCUUCAACGCUGCUGUACCCCAGAGGUGACUGAAGGGCAAGAUUCAGAUGCAGGAGAACAGGACAAACAAUAAGGCACCACCUCCUGCUAUGGGUUGUGGUGGGCAUUUAAUAGAAAUUUCU